AACAAAGAGCAGAAAACAUCUGGACUCAGACGCAGGUUUGUUUGAUGAGGUUUUUGUCUUCAUCUGGACGAUGUGGACGUGCUGAGGGUCAGUGAUCUCCACCAGCUGCAGAGGCGAUGGGCUGUUUAGGAGGACAAACAGAGGAAGAACGUCUGGAUGAAAAAGCAAAGAGAGAAGCAAACAAGAAGAUAGAGAGACAGUUACAGAAAGAGAGACAGGCUUAUAAAGCUACACACAGACUGUUACUCCUGGGAGCAGGUGAAUCAGGUAAAAGUACGAUCGUGAAGCAGAUGAGGAUUCUUCAUGUGGACGGAUUCAACGCUGAAGAGAAGCAGGAGAAGACUCAGGACAUCAGGAAAAAUGUGAAGGAUGCCAUCGUGACCAUCGUGACAGCCAUGAGCACACUGACUCCGCCCAUGCCUAUUGGUAACCCUGGCAACCAGUUCAGAGUUGAUUACAUCAAGAGCAUCGCACCACUGUCUGACUUUGAAUACACAGAGGAGUUCUUUGAACACACUCAGAAGCUCUGGGAGGACGACGGCAUCAGAGCGUGUUUCGAACGCUCCAACGAAUAUCAGCUGAUCGACUGUGCUCAGUAUUUCCUGGACAAGUUGGACUCUGUCAGGAAGACGGACUACUCGCCCACUGACCAGGAUUUGCUGCGCUGCAGAGUUUUGACCUCAGGGAUUUUUGAGACGCGGUUUCAGGUGGAUAAAGUCAACUUCCAUAUGUUUGAUGUAGGUGGACAGAGGGACGAACGCAGGAAGUGGAUUCAGUGCUUUAAUGAUGUGACAGCCAUCAUCUUUGUGGCAGCGAGCAGCAGCUACAACAUGGUGAUCAGAGAAGAUAACUCCACCAACCGCCUGAGAGAAUCUCUGGACCUGUACAGAUCUAUCUGGACCAACAGGUUUCUGAAGACCAUCUCAGUGAUUUUGUUCCUGAACAAACAGGAUGUUCUGGCUGAUAAGAUUCUGGCGGGAAAAUCUAAACUGGAGGAUUAUUUUCCUGAAUACAACAACUACCAAGUUCCGGCUGAUGCUGUUCCAGACGCUAAUGAAGACGCCAAAGUGACUCGAGCCAAGUUCUUCAUCAGAGACGAGUUUCUGAGGAUCAGCACGUCGAGUGGAGAUGGGAAACAUCACUGUUACCCUCACUUCACCUGUGCCGUGGACACAGAAAACAUCCGCCGCGUCUUCAACGACUGUCGAGACAUCAUUCAGCGCAUGCAUCUGCGCCAGUACGAGCUUCUCUGAUUGGCCGAUGCAGUCACCUGACCUGAGACAAAACAGCUGAAACUAAUCUAACUUAUAUAAAUAUAUAUUUAUAUAUAUGUAUGCCUUCUUUAUACAGUGGUUUUCAAACACUGGGUCGGGACCCACGGAUGGGCUGCAGGACUUUUUCCAACCUUUUAGUUGAGAUUUAUGUUUGUAUGUUUUAAAUAACACGCAUAGAAUGAAGUUGAAAAUUAUUUUCCAAACAUUAGUCUUUACAGAUCACUGUUGUCACCAGGGAUUUUGUGAUUUUGCUCCCAAUAGUUUGAUGUUUUUAAAAAGUGAGCCUUUGUGUAGAAACAUUUUGGAAACAACAUUUCUGUACCUCUGCCUGACAAAGGGGAUUGUGGGCAGUGUAGUUCUGAAGACAUGAUGUGGUCUACCUGCUGUUGCCAUAGCAACAUUGACUGUCACGUGGGAGGGGGUGGACUUUAGAAAAAUAGCUCACAAUUUUUCUUUUCCAUGUUUUUGUACUUGUAGUAC